CUUCGUGCAGCAGGGGAGUUAAACAUUGCGGGAAACGUGCGCACUGUGCCCUCUGUGACCAUGCAGGACACACCCGCUCUGCCCUGAGGAUCACGGGAACAUGGUUUGAGAUCGGAGCGAGCAGUUCGGACACAGAUGAGCAUGAGGAGGUUUUUCCGAGCUCAAAGGGACGAGGACUGCAGUCAGAUCCAGUAUCUGACGGCCAAGUGCACCCGUCUGGCUCACGACAAAGUGUUGGACAGAGAGUUCCUGGUGUCCAAAGACAGGGAGAGGAAGCUGCAGAAUGAUCUGGAAGCCGCGACCGCUCGCCUCCUCCAGCAGGAGCAGCAGAACAUGGAGCUCAGGAUGAACCAGGACCAGCUCAUCAGCAGGAUCCGCCAGCAGCAGGACCUGGUGGACCUGCUGCAGCAACGGGUGGUGCUGCUGGCGGAGGAGAGCUCCCGGGACGUGGAGCUGCUUCGGCAGGUCGGCACAGAGCUGCUGUGUCUGCAGAGCUCCGAGGUGAAGCUGGAGGGCCUGGUGGAGGAGCUGCAUGCCGAGGCCCAGCACCGAGCCGCAGUGGCAGAAGGCCUCCAGGCAGAGCUGCAAGAUGAGGCCCAGCGCAGAGCUGCACUGACGGAGAGCCUCCACGAAGAGCUGCACAGUAAAACAGCUGAGCUGGAAGAGUUACAGGACAUCAACAAAACCCUGAGAAAGGAGCUGAAGAAUCUCCGAAGAGCUCAUCAGGAGGAGGUGAGGGAACUGCAGCGGGAGAACGAGGGCAGUCUGAGGAAACUGCAGGACACGGCAGAGCAGUUUGAGUGGCUCUGUCAGCAGCAGCGCUACUGGAUGUGUUGUGUAAAGAGGUUCAAGGACUGCCUGGUGGAAGAGAGGGAGAUUUUCCUGCGACAGGUCAACAUGCUGGAACAGAAGGCUGAGAAGCUCAAGAAGAGUUCACGUGACGGCAGUUCAACACAGAGCCUCGUCUGCCCUCUAAAGGACACAGAGAGCUGCAUCAGUAUAACAUCGUGGGAUGCGGAUGCAGUGACUGAUCUGGAGUCUCAAGUGGAGAACUCAAACAUGCUGUACGAAGAGCUCUUUAACCAGGCGGGGAGCCCUAUCAACGGACACCAAAAACCUCCAUGAGGACAGAAGCCUGGAGCCUGAAAUCGUCUUUACCUUCUCUUCCCACCUUCUGCAAACCAGAGGAUAACUACUAGAUGUUUGUGUGUGUGGUUAGCUUGCCUCCCAGUCAUUGUUUUAAAAAGCCAAAAAGUCUUGGAAAAACAAACCUGUGAAACCAUGCAUUCAUUGUUUUUCUUCCACUAUUGUUCACAAUGAUAGACGACUGAAUUAAAACAUAAACAUACAAUGCGCCGCUGUCCUGCCUUUCGCUGUCACACGUGCGCAUCACAUGUGAA